AUGGAUUCAGAGCCGAUGAAGUAUGAGAUCAUGAAGGACUCAGCUGACAUUGUUCCUGCAAAUCAGUCAGUGGCACUAAAUUCAGAAGAAGUAGAUCAUGCUCACAACGACGAUGACGAAGAGGACAGUGAUUUAGCAGAAGCUCCAGAAGCAACUUUAUCAAGAAAACUGUCAAAGCAUCAUUCCUCAGAUAAAUCAGUGGCCGGUGGUGGUGUCAUUAUUGGUGGACUUAUCACUGCCAUUUUUGCUGCUGUUUUUUGCUAUAUUCGUGUCACUAGACGCCAAUCAUCCUCAUCAUCAUCACCACCAACAUCAGAUGCUACUUCGGAGAAGCAUUGA